GAGUGUUCCGGCUGUGUCCCCUGCAUGCGAUGCCAGAAACGCAGCAUACGAUGCGUGUUUCCAGUAUCGCCGCCCUCGGAAAACGAACAUGCCAUUAUGCUGGAUAAGGGAAAAGCACAUACGAUCAGGGACUUCAUAGUUCCAAGUGUAUCCUAUCCUCGUGCACCGCUUCCACAUGCGACAACACAAUAUCUCUUCUAUUUUGAUUUGUUUGUGCGCAGGAAUAGCUUCACAGGGAGAGAACCAUCCUUUCUUGUCGACAUUCAAAAUGCUGUAAAGAGCUCUGACACUAUACAACGGUAUCCGCGUCCCUACCUACUCAACGCAAUGCUAGCUUUGGGUGCUAUGCAUGCAGCGCUCAUAGGCGCCUUGGAACACCAAACUGGUUUGCGGUUCGCGACUGAAUCGUAUAUAAAGUCCGUUGCUGGACUUCGAGAAGCUGUCAUGAGUUUUUCGUCGUCACAGAGAGACGUUAUACUCUGGACAACUUUGUUUCUCGGUCUGUUCGAGCUGAUGCAAGACGCCUCCGGCCAAAGAUGGCUUCAACACAUGGUUUUCGGCACUUCGAAGGCUCUGAUUGCAAGUGGACCGGCAGCAUGCAAUUCCGGGACCAUGCGGGCAUUUUUUGUCCAGGCACGCAGCUUUGAGGUCUGCAGGUCUAUCAUCUUCAACCAAACCAGCUUUCUAGCAGCCCCCGAGUGGAUCGAUUUGACAGACAAUUGGUCAAGGUCCAGUGUUGCGAUGACUCGAGGCUCAUUAGACGAACUCUUGAAACUGAUUGUACUAUGUUCAGCAUUGCGGGCUCGUACAGCUGAAUUUAUAAAAUCCAUGACGGGUCGCCCGAAUGUGGAAGGUCGCUUUUUGGAAGCCAUGAGCCUUGCAACUGAGGGUUUUAAUUUGCGUGAAUCUCUUGAAAGCUGGAAAGGCUCUGCCGUUUUCCCGCCCGAGAGGCGCGAAGAGAUGCUCUUGUCAAAUGUUUACUAUUCGGCGACUAGUAUCUAUCUUUCCGGAAAUUACGACUAUGAUCUGCCUCACUGGCAGGCGAUAGGGGUUGGAGUGCAAGUAUUGGACUCAGCGGAGAUUGCAAAACACUUCGACGUCAUUAUCUCAACAGUUAAGGAAGCAAUGAGGGCCUCUAGCCUAUCACCCUUGUUGUUCUUAUUUCCAUUGAGAAUUGCUGGAGCACGAGCGAAGCAGAGAUGGCAGCAGUGCCUUGUCAAGGAAUUAUUGCAAGAAGUCCGCAAAAAAUUCAUUGUGGCGGAUGCAAUGUUGACUGAGCUUGCAGAGCGGUGGUCUUCAAGCACUAUGUCAUCGUAG